GAGAGAGAGAGAGAGAGAGAGAGAGAGAGAGAGAGAGAGAGAGAGAGAGAGAGAGAGAGAGAGAGAGAGAGAGAGGGGCCAUGGCAACGGCGGCUGCUGUGGCGCCGCUAGCGUCGUCGGGGCUGUCGCGACGUGGGAGUAUUACAUGGCAGUGCGCGCCGUCGCUGUUGAGCUGUCCUUCAUAUCCAGCGCUGUGCAAGCCAAAGCCGACGUGCACAUCCAGGACGUCCGCUGCUGACGUGGCGGCCGUUGCAGCUUACACGUGUCCAAUCAACGGUGUUGGCGGGAAAUCGGACAGUUUCGGGGGGAAAUCGAACAGACCAUGGGAUGGCCGGCCAUUACAGCGUACACGUGACCACGACCGCACGAUGUCGCGACUCUUGACAUCGGGAGCGGAGCCGUUCCUUCCAGUCGGGACACACAGGUGUGUGGUGUGUUUCGCUGGGCAAAUGGGCUCUGUGGACGAGGAGCGAGGAGGAGACGAUGACGAUCGGGAUCCGGACGACGACGACGACGAGGUUGGCGCGGCUCCUGUCACGGCCGUCGGGGUCGGGACCGAAAUCGUGUCGGUCACUGAGCUACACGACGGUUCUGUUGUGUUCGAGUUUGGGCGGGCCGAGGAUUCCAAAGGAGGGGUAUCGGAUGAGAGUGGUCCUCCGUCACCGCCUGAGGAGUUACAGGAAUAUGUGACCGACGAGAGCCAUGCGACGUCGGAAUGCAAGAACGAGGAAAUGCCUUUGGUGCCUUCCCUUAAUACUACAUUGGAGGGGACAGGAGAAGUCGAAAACCAGAAGGUUUCUGCAACAAUCGAGUUGCAGGAUGCGACAUUGCCCACAUCGUCAGCGCCACCACAUGGCGCCCAACAACAGCUCUUGACUGAUAUGCCAGAUGGUGAACCCAGCAGGCGGUCGGCGGCAGUUGACGGAGACGACCGAGGCGAUCAUGUUGACGCCAGUGCUGUUUCACCUGCUGAAGAUGGCGGCGAGUCUUGGGGUCUGCUUGAAGAGGACGAGGGGGAGAAUACGGCCAAUGAGGCCCGCGAAGAUACCCAACUUCAGUUUGACAGACUGCCAAAAUGGCACCCUUCGUCAUCUUUUCACAAGGCAUCACCUAUUCCGAUGAGGGGAACAGGAGUGCGAAUGCCGUCAAACGUUAUGGUCGUGGGAAAGGGGCAUGCAGAGGGUAGCGAGGAAUCCGCGCAGCAGACGGAUGUUCCCGGUGAGGAGCAGUCAUUGCCGCUCGCUUGUCGACGACCCCCUUCCAGAUUCAUCAGAAUAUCUCCGGUGCGAGUGUGGAAAACAUUGCGGCCGUCGGCAAACGUCAGACAGGAGAGUGCAUUGCAGCUUGAGAAUUCAGGUGAAGUAUCGGUGGAGGGGUUCCUUGGCGAAGGCAGGAAGCAUCACACACCCAUGGCUCAAAGACCCCCGUCCAGUUUCAGAAAGGUUUCGCCGAUUCCAGCGCAGUCGACCUUGCGUAAUGCCGCGCAGGUGAGCAGAGAAGAGGAAGGUCCUGCUGUUCACAACACCCGUGAAGCUCUGAAAACACAAACUGAAGGGUUGGGGGCAAUCAGGGGAACUGGCCCAUCUACAGAGGAGAUCGUAAGGGUUCAACCGGAGGAAAACGCAGAUGUCGCAUCGCCAUUAUCGUCAUCAGGAGCAGCGUUCCACGGAAUCGUCGAAGUGACACGACAGGACGGGGCAGCGAGUGCUUUGCAGUCUUUCUCUGUCGCCUCUGAAGAAAAAUUGGCCGGCGAUAGAACACAGACUACAUCUCCACCUUCUCAAAUGGACUCGCGAUCAAAGAUGCAAGGAGGGGCCAAGGGAGGGGGGAUGCCACAUGUCAGAAAGGAUGGGUCUUUGCGGAGUGGAGCUGUACCUACAGGUGACAUGGGUCAUGACGAAGAAGACUCCCCUGUUAAUUUGGUUAUGGAUUCAGAGCAUGUAAUGCCGUUCAGCGAAGAUUCGGGAUCGGGAUCGGACUCACAAACCGACGCUCAGCCAGAUAUGGCGCUCAAACACGACGCAGAGGCUGAUGCGGGUGAAGGAGGUGCCACAGUUGAAGAUGUCCAUGCUCCUGAGGAUGAGUUGGCUGCAAGGAGAAGUACCAAACCAGGAUCUGGUAGCAGGAAAGGGAGAACGAGCGUGAAAAGAGGGGGAAGGGGAGGGAAAAAGACAAAGGAGGAUAUGGCAGCAGAAGAGAUGGAUGUGACAUCAAAUCAAUUACAGCAAGAUGUCCAAGAGAUGGAGGCUGAGCGAGCAAUGAGUAGCGUGGUGCUGAAGUCUGGGACUACCAGGAAAAUGCGAACCAGGAGGAAAGAGGGCAGAGAGGAGGAGGAGGAGGAGGAGGAAGGUGACACAGUGGUACGAUCAGAGGAUCUAGAGCUGGAGAUGAACGUGCAGUCAAUGCUAAAAUCGAAUAUCGUGAAUGGCGAUGCGGAGCAGGUGGCUGCAGAGAGUAGCGACAGCCUGAGGAGGAAAAAAGCAGAGGGAAGGAGGAAGAAAGCUGGGAGAGGAGGGAAAGCAGGUAAGAAUGUGGGAGUAGAUGCUAGUGGAGCUUCAAUCCUGCAGAACAAUGACGCUGACGAUGUGGAUGGCAAUGAGGUCCCUGCCUCACCUUCACAGGUAGGAUCAAAUGUCCAUGUGGGGGAUCUAGCAACCCACAAUUUGUCAGAGCUCAAGGGGCUUGCAAGGGAACUUGGAGUUAAAGGGUUCUCCACCAUGAGAAAGGGACAGCUAGUGGAUGCGCUCACAGCAUUCAUUACGAGUUCAUCGCGGAAGGAAUCUUGAAAGCGUACCACCAACUUGCCUGUCCAGGGGCCCUUGCUUACUUGUGC